CCGGGAGUGGGCCGCGCCGGGUGGGAGUGGACCUGCCGGAGGGCGUGCUGUGUUGGCCGGCCCGCCGACCUGACGGCUGCUGGGCAACAGUCGGGGAGUCAGCAGCGAUUCAGAGAAUAGCGGAGCGGUGAGGCGGGUGCCCAGCCCCAGGUGCUGGGAUCCCGGACUUCGCCGUCGGGAGGCCCGGAGCCGCCCACAACACCGGAUGGCUUAUUACUACCGACCGCUAUCUUCAACUCUGAAGUGUGACCACCUGCCAACAUCCUCCCACAGUCCUGAGACCAAGAUCCUGUCCGAAACUGGUUCCAGCUUCCCCAGAUUCCCCCGCGAUGGCCCCAGAAUUGUCCAGGACCACCAGGACCAGGAGGGAGACAGCUUGCGUCUGGCCCUGGGGAAGAUGGCAGAUGACGUCCUGGGCCUGCGGCAGCUGGUGACGGCCCUGGAGAUGGAGAACAGCAGACUGAGGCGCCACGUGGCCGCACGGCAGGACUCGGGGAGCCCCCGGCUGCACGACAGCAAUGGCGACACCUCGACCGAGCCAGAAGAGACUGACAGAUCCGUGACCCUGGAGCAGAAGCUGGCCGGCGGGACCAGCGGGGCCCGGCACCUGAAGAAGCUGAGUGCCAAGGUGCUGCAGUUGCAGAAUGAGUUGAUUCGGAAGAAUGACCGGGAGAAGGACUUGUUGAUGCUCAGGCAAGCUCAGCAGCAGAAGCAGCAGCGAAAGCAGCAGCAGCAGUGGAAACAGCAGCAACCAGCAGCAGGCUGUCCUGAAUAA